AUGGAGAAUGAUUCAGGUUCACCACAGGGUCCGGUUACAUGUGGCUCGUGGAUUCGGAGACCUGAAAAUCUCAGUUUAGUUGUUCUCGGAAGGUCCAAGCGCGGGAAUUCUUCUCCUUCUUUGCUUCAGAUUUUCUCCUUUGACCCUAAAACUGUUUCCAUCUCUACUUCCCCUCUGGCCAAUUUUGUGUUAGAAGCAGAAGAAGGUGAUCCUGUUGCUGUUGCUGUGCACCCUAACGGCGAUGAUUUUAUGUGCUCUUUAAGCAAUGGUAGCUGCAAACUGUUUGAGCUGUAUGGUCAUGAAGCAAACAUGAAGCUCUUGCCCAAGGAGCUAACCCCUCUACAGGGUAUUGGUUCCCAAACAUGUAUUACAUUUAGUGUUGAUGGAUCUAAAUUUGCUGCUGGUGGCUUGGACGGACGUCUCAGAAUUAUGGAGUGGCCUAGCAUGCGCACAAUUUUGGAUGAACCUAAAGCACACAAAUCUGUCCGGGAUAUGGAUUUCAGUCUAGACUCGGAAUUUCUUGCUUCAACUUCUACUGAUGGUUCAGCAAGAAUCUGGAAAGUUGAAGAUGGUGUUCCUGUCACUACUUUGUCUCGCAACUCGGAUGAAAAAAUUGAAUUAUGCCGAUUUUCCAAGGAUGGAACCAAACCUUUUCUAUUCUGUGCCGUUCAAAAAGCAGGGGAUAAGUCUUUAACCGCAGUUUGGGACAUGGGUACGUGGAACAAAAUUGGGCAUAAGAGGCUGCUUAGAAAGUCGGCUUCAGUAAUGUCUGUUAGCCACGAUGGGAAAUACCUUUCUCUGGCAAGUAAAGAUGGAGACAUAUGUGUUGUUGAAGUAAAAAAGAUGCAGAUACACCAUUAUAGCAAGAGACUACACCUCGGCACAACUAUUGCAACGUUGGAGUUUUGUCCUAGUGAAAGGGUUGUACUUACAACCUCAGUAGAAUGGGGAGCAUUGGUCACUAAACUUAAUGUACCUAAAGAUUGGAAAGAGUGGCAGAUAUACUUGGUGCUUUUAGGACUAUUUUUAGUGUCAGCAGUUGCAUUUUACGUAUUCUUUGAAAACUCUGAUUCAUUCUGGGGAUUUCCAGUGGGAAAAAACCAACAAGCAAGACCAAGGUUUAAACCAAUGAUAAGAGACCCUCAAUCAUUUGAUGAUCAAAACUCUUGGGGACCCGUAGAUAUGUAA